GGACACACUGAGAGCUCCCCUGCAUGGAGAGAGAGAGAGGGAGAGGAGGAGGGAAGGCGGGAACACGGGGUCUCUUGAGGCUCGACCAGGCUGGCUGCGACAACGGUCAGAGUCAGAUGGUGUACGAAAGUUUGUCCAGACAUAAGCUACAAUCCAGUUUUAAAAUACUAAGACGUAUAUAACCUUCGUCCAGUAUGAUAUUCACGGUAUAUUGCGUUACUGACGGAGGUCUGCUCACAGAGUGUUCUAAUUCCUUCGGUUACUUAUGUGCAUGAGUGUGGGCCUGUGGGAAUUUCGGAUAUAGGUAACACAGCGACUCUGGACACUGAUUUAACACACACACACACACCAGGAUGACCGUUGAAUUUCGGAAAUAGGUAACACAGCGACUCGGGACACUGAUUUAACACACACACCAGGAUGACAGUUAAACUGUGUUCUCCGGGGACGAAACAGAACAGCGCAUAAGACAGUGUCAUGGCUAACGCCAUCCAAGAGCGCGUGGACACCGGCAAGGACUCACCGAAAGAGAACAAACCGGAGAAUCACAUUCGCUCCCUGAGCUCGCCACCUUCACCGCAGACAACGUGCACACAGCAGGGAAUGGAUGGAAUAAAAGUAUACAUGCAAGAGCGGGAACUGUGGGAUAAAUUCCACGAGCUUGGAACCGAGAUGAUCAUCACUAAGGCGGGAAGGCGGAUGUUCCCCUGCUACAAGGUGAAGGUGACGGGCCUCAACCCUAAAAGCAAGUACAUUCUCCUCAUGGAUGUCGUGCCAGCGGAUGACCACCGCUACAAGUUCGCUGAUAAUAAAUGGUCUGUUUCGGGGAAGGCGGAGCCGGCCAUGCCAGGGAGGUUGUACGUCCACCCUGACUCUCCGGCCACUGGGAGCCAUUGGACACGCCAGCUUGUCUCCUUCCAGAAACUCAAACUCACUAACAACCACCUGGACCCCUUUGGACACAUUAUAUUAAACUCAAUGCAUAAAUACCAACCCCGCCUCCACAUCGUCAAAGCAGAUGAACACAAUGGGUUUGGUUCCAAGAACACAGCCUUCUGCACGCACAUGUUCUCAGAGACCUCAUUCAUCGCCGUGACAUCAUACCAGAACCACAAGAUCACCCAGCUGAAGAUUGAGAACAACCCGUUCGCUAAGGGCUUCAGAGGCAGUGAUGACAUGGAGCUGCACCGCAUGGCUAAGAUACAGAGUAAGGAGUAUCCGGUGGUUCCUCGUAGCUCAGUGCGUCAGAGGGUGUGUCCUAGUGUGAGUCCGUUUGGGGGGGAAGCGAGGGGGUUGGGUUCACACCCCUAUUCCUGUGAGAAUGGGGUGAGCAGCACCACCCAGGAUCUCCUCACUCCCCCUCCAGGCCCCUACACCCUCCCCCAACCAGACCCAAACAAACACAUGCAGGUGUACCACUGCAACAAGAGGAAAGCAGAUGAUACCUGUCCUACAACAGAGCAUCACCACUACAAGAAGUCCUACAUCAACAGUUCUCCCAGCGAUGUUGCGUCUUACUAUCACCCAUCUGCUUACCCUCCUCCCCCUCUCCCUCCCGCUGUCCAUCCCCCUGGUCUCUCUGACUCCCUCCACAGGUCAGAGGCGGGGCAGCGGCAGGCGUGUAUGUUUGCUGGAUCUAAGCCCAGACUGGAUGACCCUAGCUGUACAUCCUGGUCCUACAGCUGCCCUUUGACUCCUGCUAUGACCCCCAUGACCCCUACUGACCCCUACAUGACCUUCCCCCACCAGCCCUACUCAUCCAGUCCCCGGGGCUCUCAGCUGAGCUCAGUAGCCCACCAAGGCUCUCCUCCUCUGGAGGACUCUCUCUCUCAGUGCCCCUACCAGACCCAGAACUCCAGACCACCCCAGACACCCCAACACACCAGCUCACCCCUCAGAGAGUACCACUGCUACCCCACCUCCCUGUCUCCUACCCAAUACCACACCCUACACACACAGAUCAGGGGAGGGGUCCCAGAGUGGAGCGAGCCCACCUGAUUGGACCACAGGUGUAGGGGAAAGACAGACUGGUGGCUGGGGGUUCUAUUUAUGUGAGGUGUUUAUGUGAGGUGUUUAUGUGAGGUGUGUCGUUUGAUGUGUGAAGAGAUUUAAUUUGUAAAUUGUGUCUUUCCCUGUGCUGUGGAUUGAGCCUUGGAUCGUCUUUGUGUUACAUUUAAUACCAUCCCCCUCUGUCUGGGACCACUCUGGAAGGAACUGAUGUUAGCGGAACCAGGUGGAUAAGCACUCUAACUGGAGGGACAGGAAGGAAGAUGACACCAUCAACUACAACGUCCCGAACUUCAUCCCUGAGACUGUUUUUAAUAAUGCACUAUGUUACCUGUCUGUCCCCUGAAGAAGUGAGACUGUGUCUCUGUGGCCGUGGUUUCCUGUUGGUUUGUGUGUGUGUGUGUGUGUGUGUGUGUGUGUGUGUGUGUGU